CCGCAGCCUCCUCGUCUCUUCUUCUUUUCUUUCCCCAUCCGAACGCCCGCCAUUAUCGUACCUUCGAGGUUAUCAUUCUCCCAGUCCCGAUUCGCCCCCGUUGAUCCACUCCGCUCCUCGAAACCUCACCGCGAACGCGUCCAUCUCUCCGUCUCCGGUAUCCCGGAGGAGGAAGGCUCGGAAACCCUAGUUCAAGACCUUCAGGUACCAGAAGCUUGGCUUGUUCCUUCCAAAGCCCUCGAGGAAUCAGAGUGGCUUAGAAUAACUCUCCAUAAAUGGCUGGAUGAUGAGUACUGCCCUGAGCCAACCAAUUUUAAAAUCAGCAAGCUUGCUGCUCAAUCAUACUAUGAAUCUCUGAUAUCUAAGGAGACCGAUCUCGGUGAGAUUCUACUCAAAAUUGUGAGAAGAUUGGAGACUAUAUCCUUCCAGCAAAGCUUCCAUGGAUCUUUCUCAUCAGCAAAUGCAGCAGUUCACUUGAUUACCCAGCGAAUAGAUUCUACAGCUGAGCAGUAACAUUCAGUAGAUAACACAAAAAAUGAGAAGUAUCUGGUUUCAACAAAAGGCGCGAGGAGACGGAGAAGCAUAUGUUGUUAUUCUGAAUGUUAAUACUUUGAUGUGUAAAUGACCUCCUUGUAAC